UCUGUUGUAACAGGGAAGUCUCUUGGGGGCAGUACGUCUCCUUUCCCUUGGCAUCUCUCGCUUGCAACUGCCGCGCUGCCCCUCGCGUCUCGGCAAAGAUGCAGAGGUCGAAGCACGUUGCUGUGCGGAGCUGAAAUGCUCCCAGAUUCCGCCUCGCGCGCGGGGCUCCUGACGCCAACCGAGAUCCUGGGAUAGCCUCUAGGAUCCUGUGGGUGUUCCCGUCCUUUAGAUUCUCCCUCCCUAGCUCCAGGCCCGCUUCUCAGGCUCACGCCCUCCACCUGAGGAGCAUCCCACAGGCUCGCCGCGGUCCUCCAUGCCCCGCGGCACUCAGCCGCUCCGGCCGGGCCGGGAGGGGGAGGGGCAGAAGGCGGGAAGCGGAGUCGGGGGCGCGGGAGCCCGCGCUCCACGUUGCCCCGCGCGGGAUUUGUCGCCUUCAGCUGCAGCAGCUGCAGCGGCGGCGGGAAGCGGGGUGGAGAGUGGUGAGAAGGGCUGGAGCCCGGGCCAGGAAGGAGGGAGGGGGGCCGCGAGACAGUGCCAGGAGAGCCAGAGGGGUGCUUGGCGCUCCCCCGCCCUCCUUCCGGGAGCGAGGAUGCAGACUGUGAAACUGGCGCUGCUGGGCUGAGGCGGAGGCAGGGGAGUUGCAGCGCGCGGCUCGGUGAGUGUGUCUCCUGAGCGCGGAGAGGCGGGGGAGGCGGAGGACCAGGAGGAGGCGGAGGAGGAGGGGGAGAAUGCCCGGAGCCGCCGCUGCCGCCGCCGCCGCCGCCGCCGCGAUGCUCCCGGCUCAGGAGGCUGCGAAGCUGUACCACACCAACUAUGUGCGGAACUCGCGGGCCAUCGGCGUGCUGUGGGCCAUCUUCACCAUCUGCUUUGCCAUCGUCAACGUGGUGUGCUUCAUCCAGCCUUACUGGAUCGGCGACGGCGUGGACACCCCGCAAGCCGGCUAUUUCGGGCUCUUCCACUACUGCAUCGGCAACGGCUUCUCUCGAGAGCUGACCUGCAGGGGCAGCUUCACGGACUUCUCCACGCUGCCCUCGGGCGCCUUCAAAGCCGCCUCCUUCUUCAUCGGCCUCUCCAUGAUGCUCAUCAUCGCCUGCAUCGUUUGCUUUUCUCUCUUCUUCUUCUGCAACACGGCGACCGUGUACAAGAUCUGUGCCUGGAUGCAGCUCACCUCCGCUGCCUGUCUUGUGCUUGGCUGUAUGAUUUUCCCUGAUGGCUGGGAUUCAGAAGAAGUAAAACGGAUGUGUGGAGAAAAGACAGACAAAUACACUCUCGGGGCUUGUUCAGUCCGCUGGGCGUACAUCCUGGCCAUUAUUGGAAUUUUGGAUGCUCUGAUCCUCUCAUUUCUGGCAUUUGUGCUUGGUAAUCGACAAGACAGCUUGAUGGCAGAGGAACUGAAGGCAGAAAACAAAGAUGAUGGAAAUGCUUAAAGCAAACUAAGGUAGUGUGAGACCACACCAUUUCUGCUAAGCCAAUAUUCUCUAGAAUGAGCACAAGCUAAACAAAUCGAAUAACAGCUUUUGUACAUCAACAUCAAGAAGGAAGACACUUGGGAGAGAUCAGAAUACAGAAAUGGAUAUGAAAAAGAGUGAAACAUCCACUUGUCAAAGCACCUGUAAAUCUAGAUCAGCAGAUAUGGGAGUGAUUUUCUGGAAGGAGAGGUGAUUAUGGAUUUAACACCAGCUCAUUGGAAACUAUCAUUGAAUAAGAUCAGAUAACAUUCAUGAGAAAUUGCAUUCAUGAGAAAUCACAUUCAGGAAAUACUUCAAAGAAGAGAAAUAUAAAUGUGCUAGAAUUAACAUGUAAAAUAUAUAUGUACUGAGAUUUGUAAACUGUCCUUUUUAAAUCGAACUGAAAACAAAAAGCUUUAAUCUUUCAACAUCAUUUUUAAAAAGGCAGUCAAUCUGAAAUUAUUCUUAUCUCAGUAACCAAGAGGCUGAUCAAGCAUCAUUUAUUGAGAAAGCAUCUUAGAAAAUGCCUCUGAAUAUCUUCUUAGGAGCCAUGACCUAGGUUCCCCUAUCUCUGCUGUUCGUUUAUUUCACUGUGUAAUUAGUUACAACCACUCAGUUGAGAGAUGUAACACUUCAAACUUUUUACCCAGUCUGUGUUCAGUUUAAUGUCUGUACAAGUUGUUAUUAAGAAAGUGUUUCCGACAUAAACUAUUACUCCAUCAAGCUGUAUAUUACAAGAAGUACAUCUUUGCAUCCUAGGUUCUCAAACAACAUAGAUUUCCCUAUCUUUCAGGAACAUCAAGGAACUCUGAAAAAUGUAGAAAGCUCAUUUUCAUCUUCAAUGCUCACAUGUAAUAUGUAGGCUGCUAUAAAAUAAAUACUUUUUCUAAUUCUCCCUAGUAUAUGCAUAGUAAUUUAAUACACUUUAUAAGUAGGCAUCUAAAUAUGUUUUUUUCUUUUUCUUUGCCAUCAUGUCAUCAAAAAUCCAUAUCCUUUAAGUCUCCUACUGACAGGCACUUUCGUUUUGUUUUGUUUUUUAAAAAGUCAUUUCAUUAAAUCUACUUCUAAAUGAUAGUAAGUGGUACUAACUAAAUAAAUAAUAACUUAAUAGCCUUAGAAAUAACUGAAUAUAUACUUAUACAGGUCAAAGAAACUUGGUAGGAGUAAGUUGCCUUUUUGUUUACUAAUGUUGGUUUCAAAAUACUCAAAAAUUUUUUAGCUUGUUGGCAUUUGAAAGUAGGUACAAUUGAUCAGUUGUCUUCAACAAUCUUUUGCUCCCAGGCUUCCUCUGCCCCCACCUCAUACAUAUCCUGCCAGUAUACAACAACAGGAAAAUAUUUAAAAAUUGAAGUAGCCAAUUACUUGAGAAUGAACACAAGCUAAAUUGUACAUUCAGGGCUAAUCAGUGUAAGCUAAACCAUGUUCUAUACCUGAGCAGGAAACAUGCCUUCAUUUUUAGACUCAAAAUUAAGAUCGAAUUAACAUAUAUUACUGGAGCACCUAUGGAGGAUAAUAUGAGUAAUACAGAUCAUGGUUGAUUUUCCUUACCCUCUGUUAGGAUCUGUUAGGAUCACACUCCUGUUUUUGCCAAAUAUUUCUGGUACUAGACAUCUUUUCACCAUAAACAAGAUUAUGUUUCUAAUGGCUAAAAAUAUAUUACAGGUAUACUUAAAUGAAUGAAACCCAAUUCACAAAGAUAGGGAUUUUCUAAAGAACUAAAUUAAGGGAAUACUUAUUAUCACUAAAGUAUUAGCCAUUCUGGGAGUUAUUUGUUGCUUUAAAUAUUAGCUCUUCCACUGCAUUCAAAACAUCCUACUUACUAAAUUUAAUUACACACAACUUUUCAAGAAUUCAUUUUUUAUUUAAAGGGAGAUACCUCUCUAUCUGCAAUAAUGACAGAAGGUAUGGGUUUUCUCUAAUCCAUGUAAAUUAUAGGUUCCAUUGGAGUUUUACAUCACUAAUAGUGGUAUUUAAAAAAAUGAAAAAUGUUUCCUAUCCACAUGCAAAUGUUUUUAAAAAGUUUUUCCAUAAAACCUAAGUGUAAUUUAGCAUACCACAGUGCUCUGAAGAUGGGUCAUUGACAAUGUACUAUUUGUACAUAGGUAAUACACAUGUAAAUCACUAAAUGUUGAUUAAGUAUAAGAAGUAUGUUUUUAACUUUUUUUAAAAAAAAAAAAAAGUGACUCCCUUUCUCAUUCUGUUCUGUUGUAUU